UCUCCCUCUGUCCCCGACUUUCUAUUUCUCUCGCCUUCUUCUUCCUCAAAGAAUUGUCCAAGUUUGCUUGUGUCAAUCAAAUCCUCAUCGUCAACAUCAUCUAACCCUCGUCUUCCAAAUCCUAAAACCCCCAAAUGAUGUUGAAGUUCUUCGAAGCCUGAUGGAGAUUCAAAUAAAAAAUCAGAAAGUCCAUGAAGCCAUAAGCAUUAUUGAAAGGUUGAUUGAACUUGAGCCCAGUGACAUUGAAUGGCCAUUGUUGAGAGCCCACAUGCAUUGCUACGGUGGAGAGACUGAGUUGGCCGAAAGUAGGUUCAAUGAAAUAAUGAUAAAAACCUUUUUCGUGUCGAGGCUUAUCACGGGUUGGUAUUACCAGCUUCUUAGGAGGAUUCAGACUAGUGAAAUGAAGGAAAUUGAGAAAAGGAUUGAGGAGGGAAUGAAGAUGUGUAAGAAAGACAACAAAAAGGAUGAUUGGAAGGAUUUUAAGCUUUUACUUGCGCAAAUUCGGGUCAUUGAAGGGGACUAUAAGUAUGCUUUGAGGAUUUAUCAAGAGCUUGCGCAGGAGGAGCCUAGGGAUUUCCGACCGUAUGUGUCAGGGGAUAAUAUAUACUUUGUUGAAGAAGAAAGAUGA